CUUCAGCUCAGGAGGAAGAUGAAAGAUAGUGUCGCUGAAGAACAUUUAUAUUUGGGUUUUUCUCAUCAGUGCAGAGAUAGUAUCUUUCCUCUUCAUACAUCUAUUUCGCUGUUUUUGCUAUCCUACUGUGACUGCAAAUUAUUCAAAAUUUUCUUAGUGCCAACUGGUGAAGAUGUGGAUGAUCAGUUUGUGACAAAAAACCUCCUUGGUGAUCUUGAAGUCCAUUUAAUCUCUAGAUGUCAGCUUCCAGUGGUUGUGCAGAGCUGCUGUUUGCCUGCUGUUGUCGUGAAAGAUGGCAAGUUCUGCCGGGCUGGGCUUUCUGUUGUCUUAAGGCAUAUAGUACAGAAAACGUUCAAGGCAGAUCCAUCUAAGAAGGAUGUUUUGGAACUCUUAGGCUUUAAGAAGACCUGCUUAAAAGCCUGUGCUGAAGUUAGCCAGUGGACCAGGCUUUGUGAGAUCAGCAUACCUCUGGCUGUUGAAGGAUUUUUGACGGCGUCUCCUGAGAACUGUCAGACUAUUCCUCCUGACAUUUUACAGCUUGAAAGAAAGCUUGGUGAACCUGUCCGAGUACAUAAUGAUGACAAAAUUCGAAGGCAAAAACUUCAACAGCAGAAGGCAGGUGCCAAGGCUGCAGUCACUGUACUUGGCAAAGAAGCAACAGAGGAAGGAAAAACAGUGGAUAUGUAUGAACAUCCACUCCCAAGUUUGGAACUGAGCAUAGCUUUCUCCAGGCUACUUGUCCCAGAGGUAUCAGGUGCAGUCAACAGGGAGGCCCCUCACAUCAGGAGAACAAAAACCUCUGACCUUCCGCCUUUGGACCACGUCUUUGCAGAAGGGCUUUAUUUUACUUUGGCAGAUAUAGUGCUUUUGCCAUGCAUCCAUCAGUUCUUGGUAAGACGACAAGUUUCCAGCAAAAAACAAGGGAAAAAUCUGGUAAAUUUGCCUCUGAUAUCCAGUUGGUAUCGAAGAGUUCAAGAAGUACCUGGAGUAAAAAGAGCUGCUGGCAAAUGCAAUAUGGAGCUUCUCCAGCUUCCAGAGUUGAUGUCUGCUCCAGAGGAACAGCUACAAGACUUCUCUUCAGUGCCUGAUGAAUUAGAAGAGGAGAAUGAAGACAGUCAUUUUGUAGGUGGUCCGAGGCCAACUAUGACUAAGUUAAUGGAAAAUGGUAUUGAAGCAAAGUUUUCUCCUCAUCCAUGCCCCAACUGGACCCUAGACUGGACCAAUCUACCAUCUGCAGUCAAUCCUGGAGAAG